UGGCCUCUCGAUCUCGUCUCACUUGCACUCAUAUCUCCACAGCAGUGACGCCAUCGACCCUCACACAGAAUGGCGACCCUAGAAGAAAGACACCCCGAGCUCUUCAGACCAUUGAGCAACGAGUCUCCCAGGGGCAAGAAGCGGACCGUUCCUCUGGAAUGUCUCUGUCUGGGCUUCAACCGCACAGGCACGGCGUCCAUGUGCAGCGCACUCGAGACCCUCGGCCUCCCCUGCUGGCACUCCACACAAUUCCUGUCCACACGAUUUGGUGACAUCGAGAUGUGGCAGGAGGCCGUGGACCGGAAGUUCUUCGGGGCAGGGCACAAGUUCGGGCGUAUGGAGUUCGACCAGCUACUGCACGACUACGGGGCGGUCUCAUCUGACACCCCAGCGAUCGCCUUUGCGGAGGACCUGGUGGAAGCAUACCCCGAAGCCAAGGUGGUGCUCGUGGAGCGGGACAUUGACUCCUGGUACCAGAGCUGGAUGGAUACAGUGAUCAAAAACACGUAUUCUCCGGUCGUCACAAUCGUGUACCAUAUCGAUCGGUUCUUUACCCACCCGAUCGGGAAAAUCCAUAAGACGACCUUCAAGGGGUGGGCGGGCAUUUCGGGCCCCAGGGAUGCGCCGCUCAAGAGCAAGGCCAAGUACCGCGAACAUUACGCGCUUGUCCGGAGGGUGACCCCGAAAGACCGGCUGCUGGAGUUCAAGCUGUCUGACGGCUGGGAGCCGCUUUGUGAGUUUCUGGGGAAGCCCGUGCCGGACAAGCCCUUUCCGCAUAUAAAUGAGAAGAAGUGGCUUGAUGAGAAGGUCCAGCUUGUGCUGAUGAGGGGAAUCAAACGUCUGGCGUGGAAAGUUUUGGUUUACUUCCUGGUGCCAUUGCUUGCAGCGGGCUUGUUCUACUAUGGGCUUAUGUGAUCUCCUGUGUGAAGCUUUUCAGUCUGUAGCGUACUGAAUGUAUAAACGCACUCCACAAAGCCUCCGUGCUCGGCUAAAUAUGAUUCUAUAGCUGGAAGGAAAAACAUACAGUCGACCAAACAAAAAAAAG